UGAAAAAAAGAUCAUCAGUGAUUGAAUAGAAAUUAAAGAAAAGUUAAUCACAAUGCCAGGAAAAGUAAAGGGAUUGUUCAAGUGGUGUAGGAAAGUGACACAGGAUUAUGAAGGAGUGGAUAUUACAAAUAUGACAUCCUCCUGGAAGAAUGGAAUGGCUCUUUGUGCAAUGAUUAAUCGGUUUCGACCAGAUCUGAUAGAUUUCUACUCUCUUUCACCGGAAAAUGUGUUCUAUAAUAACGAUUUAGCAUUCACUGUUGCAGAGAGAGAGUUUGGAAUUCCAAAAUUCCUAGAUCCCAUUGAUAUGGUAACUAUGGAAGCCCCAGACAGACUUAGCAUAGCAACAUAUCUAUCUGAAUUCUAUGAACAAUUUCAAGAUAAAUUUAUGUACGAUCCUCCUGAUAUGCCUCCUGGUUGGCCUGAAAGUGUUCUGGUGACAGCUCAACUUAAAACAGGUUCAACUUUAGACCAUGAAAAUGUUGAUAAGUCAAAGACUGAAGACUCCAAAAAUGUUGAUAUUCAAAAUAAGUCACAACCAACUGCGGAAGUAGCAGAUAGAAAAGAAAUAGAUGAUAAGAAUGGCGCAGAUGUUGAAGUUGAUACAAAUGAUGAUAUUGAGGAUUUGUACAAAGAUAAUUUGGAAUUAUUAGAAUCUGAAAGUGAAAAAAUUGGAACUUUCAAUGAAGCUUGUAAAAACGAAAUUGAUGAUAUUAAAAUAGCCAAGAAAGGUGCAGUGAUUCAGGCUGUUGUGUAUGCUGGAAUAACUGCAGUUGCUGCAACAACUGUAGGUGAUGAUAAUGAUGAAGUAAAUGAAACUGUCAAUAAUGAAGAUAGCAAUGAGAUGAAGAAAAUUGAUAAUGAUCAGCAUACUUAUGUCAAGGAUGAAUCUUAUGAAGAAUUCUGUCCGAACUUGAAUGUGAAUAAAAAUGACAUAGCUGUUGAUGAUACAAAAGCUGAUAAAAUGGAAAAUGCUGAGACUGAUUAUGCUGAAAAAGUUUUAAAGCCAGGCCUUUCAAGAAGUGAUAGUGGUUUUGGAACAGCAAAUACUGAGGUACUGAAAGAAACAAUAAAAGAUAUAACACCAAUAAAUGAUCACAUUCAAGACAGUUCAGAUAAAGGUGAAACAGUAGAAUGUCAAGCAGACGUAGAUGCAUGUACCCAGGAAACUGUUGAAUUGUUAAAUAAUGAACUGAAUAAAGGUGAUCUUACAAUAGUGGAUGUAAAUAUUAUUGAUUCAAAGUCAGCUGAUAAUUCUGACACUGAAAUUCAUUCACCAGGAAAUGAAAUUUCCGAGCCAAAUAAAAUAAAUUCCAAUGAAAUUCCAACAGAUUCUCACAGUGAUGAAACGUUGUAUUUUAAUGAAAAUAAAGAUAAAAGCACCUCUUCAUCUGAUAAUGAUGCUGAUUUUGACCCUGAUAGCAAUUCACAUUCAAAUAGCAUGACAUCAGAUAAGGUGACGGCAAAUGAAUUAAAGGCAGCUAAAAAUAGCUCAGACAGCAGUAGUUCUUCAUCUGAUAGUGAAACAGACCCAAAGGAGACUGUUGAAGCAAAAACUGAUGAAAAGGUUAGAGAUAGCCGGAAAAGUACAAGUUCAUCUGACAGUGAAAAUGAGAAAUAUGAAGACACUAUAGAACAGCCUAAUAUGCAUAGUUCUUUAUCUGUAAAUAAUAAUAUUCCUGGAAAUGAUAAAGAAACAAAUGUAUAUUCUGUUGAUUUAACUAGAACAGAUGCUACUGAAGCAGAAAAAGAAAAUGUUGAUGCUGUACUGGAUCAGUCUGACAAAACUAACUAUGCACUUGAUAAACAGUUAAGUAAUGAAGUUGGUGAAAAUGCAAAAACAGUUUCAGAGAGUAGUAGUAGCUCAUCAUCAGAAUGUGAAACUAAUGUUGAGGAAAGUUUUUUGAAACAAGAUGAACAUAUAAAUAUUGAAAUAGUUAAAGAUGCUUCAGAUAGUAUGAGUACAUCCUCUGAAAGUGAAACAAAUGCAGAGGAAAGCUUUGCUGCUGAACUUGUUGAAAAUAUUUUUCAUGAGGUACACUCAAAUCCAGAACUAAUUGCAGAAAUAACAAAAGAGCUUCCUUCUAUUGUAAAAGAAGUUGAAAGUGGAUUGAAUAUGGAUAAUAAUGAUAUAUACUUAGAGCAACCAGUUGAUGAUAAUUUUGAAAUUCCUAAACAUGUAAAUGAUGAUAAUGAAAUUGUUAAAGAUACAAUUGAAAAUGAUAAUGAUCAUUUAAGACCAGAGGCAAAUAUCAAGGUAACUAAACAUGCCCCUUGUCACAGUUUAAGCUCACAGUCAACUUCAGAUUCUGAUGAUAACACAGAUGGAAUCAUAUCUGAUAAAGAUCAUGCCUUGAUGCUUGGAAAUCCAGCAUCCAAUGAGAUUUCAUCAACAGUUGAACAUAAAGAUUCUUGUUUGAAAUCACAAAUGUCAGGGGGAAGUUCUUCAAGUAGCUCUGAUGAUGAAAAACAUUUAGAAAUGAUAGAAGCAUGUGUUGAGCAGGAGCCUAAAGUAAUUGAGCCAGAGCAAAAGCAAGGUGUUGAUACAGACAAGUUAAGCCAACUGCCUGAUACAGCGGUGACAUGGCAAAAGCUUUCAUCGUCAUCAUCUCAAUCUGAUUCUGAUGAUGAAGUUAAGCAAAAUGUUUGUGCCAAUAUUUUAGCAAAAGAUAUGUUAAAGAAUGAUCAUCCUGAGAAAGCCAUAGUUAAUCAAAAGGCAGAAAUUUGUUUGGAAGGUAAGGACUUGGAGAUAGAAUUUAAUGCACCAGCUGAAAGCGCAAAUUGGGAAGAACAGAUUGACGUAUCUACCUCCCUUAAUGAAAAAGAAUUUAUACCUGUUGAAGAAGAAAAAAAUUAUGAAAUCAAGACUUUGGAAAAAGGAGAUGAUUAUGUUGAAAAUUCUGACGGAUCAAAAUCAAGUUCAAGCUCAGACAGUGAAUGUGAACCACCAGCCCUUCCAAGUAUUGGUCCUCCUCAACUUAUUGACAGUCAAUAUUCAGACACUAGCAAGGUGGGAGAUGUUAAAAGCAAAGUUGAUCUGCCAAUAACUGAAACCCCACAACAUGAAUCUACUGAAAAAUUGAUAGAGAAUGCAAAAAAGGAAAGAAAACGUUCAUUAUCAUCAUCAUCAUCAUCUUCAAAUGAAAAGUCAGACAGCUGUUCAAAUGAAGAUUUAGAAACUAAGGAUGAUAAAGAUGUCCCGGUUGGAUUGAAAGAUUUAGAAACCAAGGAUGAUAUGAAUGUCCCAGUUGGAUUGAAAGAUUCAGAAACGAAGGACAAAAUGAAUGUCAUGGUUGGAUUGAAAGAUUCAGAAACCAAAGGCGAAAUGAAUGUCCCAGUUGGAUUGAAAGAUUUAGAAACCAAGGACGAUAUGACAGUCCCAGUUAAAUUGAAAGAUUCAGAAGCCAAGGACGAUAUGAAUGUCCCAAUUGGAUUGAAAGAUUCAGAAACCAAGGACAAUAUGAAUGUCCCGGUUGGAUUGAAAGAUUCAGAAACCAAGGGUGAUAUGAAUGUCCCAGUUGGGUUGAAGACAGAGUUUAAGCAACAAACUGAGAAUGAAAGAAAUAUUCCGAAAAUUAAUGAAAAAAUGUCAUCCUCUUCAUCCUCAAGUUCUUCCUCUUCCUCUGACUCAGAAGUUGAAGCAGAUAACAAACAUGACACAGAGGUCUGCAAGUCAAAUGUUCCUAUUGAUACGAGCAAAGUUAUUGAUGAACAACAUUCUAAUGAAUCAGUGAAUCAUGAAACUUCAGAUGAUUCAAUUUCUGCAGAAAAACUUGAAGUUGAACCGGUCAUAAUGUCCAGUAAUGCAGAAGUUACUGAAAGUAAUGUAAAAAAUGUUUCUGAUGAUGGAACAAUAUUUGCAAAACCUGCUGUGUCAGACAUUAAAUUAGAAUGGUCAAAUAAAGUUGAGGAACAGCCAGCUGCAAAUACAGAGGACACAUCUGUUAUAGAAAUAGAUACAGGUAAAUCUAAAUAUUUUGCAAAUGUUGAUACAGAUUUAAUGAAAAAGGCUGCAUUAAUGUCAAAGAAGAUGGCACAGUCUAUAACUUCAAAGAUGGAAGAUCAGAAGAGAUUAAGUGCUGAUUUAUCAAGUAAAGAAGAAAACGUGUCAAAUAAAGAAGCAACUCCGGUAAAUACUCCCCCACAAACACCUGAUUUGGAAGACAGAAAAGCUAGAAAACUGGCAAUGUUCCGUCAGCUGCAGUUUUCAACCAGGCCAAUAAAGAAAAAGUUUGAUGGAUCAAAAGAAGCAGAGGGGUCAUCUGAUUCAGAUACUGACUUCAGGAGUAAAUUACAAAUGUUUGAUAGAAAAUCUUCUACAAAUGUCGAGCCAGAUAAGAGUAAACUAUUAAAUUCUCCAACAGGAAAUAUAUAUAGAAAGAAAAUAGCUUCUCCUUUCCUUCAAUCCCCUACAUCUCCUCUGUCGGAUGAUAAGAAACACCUGAAAAAACUUCAUGAUUGUCUUCCUGAAAAUCCAGCACCUGGAUCCGUUGCUGAAUAUAUUCGCAAAAUUUCUCAGAGCACUUCGCCAACUUCCCAAAAUAAUGCCGAAGCACCAGAAAAUGUAUAUGAAACACACCCAAUUGACCAACCUCAGGUAGAGCUACCAAUCAAAAAAUAUAAUGUCCAAAAUACAGAAAUGUCACCUGCAAGUACUGUUGUACUAAAGAAUAAUGUUUCUUCACUUGAGGAAGAUAGAUAUGAUAAAGAAAGAGUUCCUGUGAACCCUGCAUCAAUUUUUAAAGGAAGGCAUGUGUCCAGAAGGCAUACAUUUCAGGAUAGAAAAUUAGCAGUACGGCCUAUGUCCAUAGAACUUAAAUAUAAUGAAGGUGAAAAAGAAAGAAAUACAGAUCAAGAUAAACCCCCUAUUCCACCACCAAGAUUUCACAGGAAAAAACAGGCAAAACUGAAUGUAGACAUAGAACCUCUGGAAUCAAAACCAGACUUUUCUCAUAAAUCUGUUUCUGAUCUUGAAGGGAGCUUAAAUGAUAAUCAGCAGGAUAAAGAAUCUCCAGGGCUUAGAAGAAGUGGCUCCUUCAAUGAUAAAGUUGCUGUUGAAGUUAAAUCUCUUGAAAAGCAACCAACGCUCUCAGAUGAAGAGAAAAAUGUUCAAGAACAGAAGAAUGAGUUACAAAGAAGAGAAUCUUUAAAGAGAAAACCAUCACCAAGGCGAUCUUUAAUCAUGUCAUCUCCUACUAGAGCAGACUCAGCUGAUGGAGACAGGACAAGAAAUAUUUGGCAAGAACCAAUUAAAAAGCCACCAUCACCUAAAAUCAAAAGGCGAGACUCAUUUGAGGUUAAAGUAAGACCAGUUUCACAACAGCUAACUGCAGAAGAAAAAGAAAGUGCAAAGAAAGAAAAAGAGCUUGAAAGAAGUAACAGUUUUAAUUCAACUUCAUCUUCUCGUCCACCUACACCUACCAAGAAUAAUAAGAAGUUGCCUGUUAUUGUGAAACCCCUUUCAGCUCAAAGUUCUUGUGAAAAGAAUGACACAGUUGAAACCCCCAAGCUUUUGUCGCCAAGAAGCAGUAGAAGUAGUAGUGAAAGUGAUUCUUUUAAUACAGCUAGCAAUGAAGGUAAUGUUAAAGAUAGCAAGCCCCCUAGUGGGAAAAAGAAAUCAUCCAUUCUGUCGUUAAUUGGAAAGAAAAUUGCAAACCCAAAAUCACAAGAAGUGCUAACUAAACCUGAUAUUGUAGAAGAAAUCUGUGUUGCAAAUACUGUUACAGACUUAAAAGCAGAAAAGGAAGUACAAUACAUACCUUCAAAUAAAGAGGCUGAAUUAAAAGCUGUUAAUAAACGUCCUGGAUCUAAAAUAAUGCAGUAUGUCCAGAGUUGUAAAGAGAAGAACAACAAACCAAAGUUACAGCUAGACGAAAAGGAAAUGAAUAGAAGACCUGAAAGUUUUAUUGAGGAUAAGAUGAUAACUUGCACGGAAACUGAAUCUGCGUCAUUAUCAGAAGAUAAAGAUGACAAGGAUACUAAGCAUAUUGAAAAUAAAAAGCCAUCAAAGUUUAAAGAGGAACAAGAGGAAGCAAUUAGAAAAUGUAACUCAAUUUUCGGUGCUGUAAAAGCCAGAGUCAAGCCUCUGAAGAAAGUCAAAGAUGAACAACUGGAAAAAGAAAUUAUGAAAAAUAGGGAAGUUGGCAUUGAUAAGCAACUGCCAGGUAGUGUUGAUGACAAUAUUAAAAUAAAAAAUGCUGAUGAUGGUUCAGAACCUGAAAAGAAAGACUCUUCCUCAUCAUCUUCCUCUUCUUCUAGCAGAGAAACAAGUCCUUCAUCUUCACCUAAAGUUUCAAAGAAAGAUUUAGAUACAGGUUUUGACAACACUAGUUGCAUUAUGAUUGAUAAUAAUAAAGUAAGUGAAGAGCAGGAAAGCACAAAAUCUGCAGAAGAAAAAGGUAAUACUAGCCUAGACAUUACUACAUUCAAAGUGGAUCCGGACAUAGAGAAACUGGAUAAGGCAGGAGAUUCAUCCUCUGAAAAUGAAGAGGAUAAAAAAUCUAUACCGAAGCAAAGUUCUGUUUCAUCAUCACCAUCAUCACAAUCAUCAGCAGAAAUAGAAAAAGAAGAUCUGAAAGAAGGUCUUAAAACAAUUAUUAGAGAUUUAGAGAAAGACAUGAAGAGUGAUGAUGAAAAUGAAGCUGAUUCAGAUGUCAAAGGGGAUUCAGGUGAACAUUUUGAAGGUGAAGGAUGCAAAGUCAUUGAUAAUAUCAGUGAGGCAGGCAUUGAUAAAGAUGAAAAUAUGCCUGAAGAAGUAAAAAAUAGUACCAACAUAAAGAGUGCUGAAAUAGAAGGUGAUUAUAGUAAUGAUCAGGAGGAAUCUGUUUUAAAAGCAUCUAGAUCUGUAUCCAGCAAUAGCUCAGAUGAUGAUGAAAAGCUGAUUGAAACAGAGAACAAAAAACUUUUAAAUGAGCAAAGUAUAGAAGUUGAUGAUAAAGAUGCAGAGGGUUUCAAAGAUGUGAAAGAAGUGGUUAUGGCCGAUAAAGUUUUAUCAUCAGGAGAUUCUGUACCAAGUGUGAAAAAGAAGCAAAAGAAAAAGAGGAAAAAGAAAAAAAGGCAAGGGUAUCUUUCUUCUAGCAGUUCAGAAUCUAGCCAGAAAGAUUCAGAUACUGAUAGUGAGGAUAGGGGUGGUGAAGGAAAUAGCAGAAGUGAUGAAGCAUCAUCUAAGGAUCAAAGUAGUUCUGAAGGAAAUGGUGAAAAGGGUAGUCAAAAUAAAGAUUCAGACAGAAAAACAUCAACUGGUAGCAACCAGUCCUCUAAAUCUGAGGACAUGAAAGAUGCACAUGUUAUAAGCAUAAAUAUCCCUGGGGAGGAUGCUGUCAUUUUUGAUGAAGGUGCAAGUAUGGCUAAACGUGUAAGUAGUUCAUCAAGUGACUCAGAGCAGAGUAAACCUAAUGUUAUCUCUAAGUUAAAGCCUGUAACAGAAUCAUAUGAUAUUCAUCAAUGCAGUCUGGAAAGUCCAGAAUAUUUUUUACCCAGUAUAAGUUUGAAAGUGGAUGCUAGAUAUGAAGAUAAAGAUUAUCAAGCUGAUGAAGAGCAUAGUGAUACAGAUGAGGAAAAGGAAUUGGAGCUUGAUAGGAAAAGCAGAAACUAUUCUGAUGUCAGUAAAACUGAUCCUAUGUUGGAUGUUAAGGGAUUUGACAUUGAUCCAAACCAAGUGUCUAUUGAUAACACAGGCAUGAUGGUCAGGAAAAUGAAAUGUAGCUCUACCUCAGAUAGUGAAUCUAGUCAAUCUAAUUCAUCUGAGAACUUUGGUAUUAGAAAGAAGUCAUCAGAUGCUAGUUCUCAUGAUGGGAAAGAAAAGAUGAACAUACAUUUAAGUAAAGAUUAUCCUGAUUCGGGAAGUGUUCAUAAGUCUGAUAGUUCAGAAGAUAAUGAUGUUAUUGUAGACAAAGGAACAAAGCACAAUGCUGAUGGAAGCUCUAGUGACUCUUCAAAAGACAGUGCUUAUAAUACACCUAUUUUAGAUAUAGAGUGCAUUGUUCCAGUUAUAAGUGCAAGUUUAAAUGCAUGCAGUCCAAAUCUUUCAGAUGAUACAAAAAAGAAAGUAGCCUCAAGUGAUUCAUUUGACAAAAGUUAUGAAAACAUAGCAAAAUUAGAAUUUAAAACACAUUCAGGGAUAAAGGACCAUCAUGAUACAUCAAGCAGCAAAUCAGAUGAUAGUGACAAUAAUGAGUUGCAUUUUAAAGAUGAAAAUUUUGCGGAAGAAAGAAAAUCAAAUUACAAGAAAAAUUUAGAUAUAGAUGAUGUAGGUUCUGACAAUACUAUAGAAGUGCUUCUGGACAGUCAAGAAAAGUUACAUAAAAGGAAGCAAAGUUCUUCUAGUGAUAUAUCAGAGAUAGAAAAUGAAGAAAGUCCAGUAAAACAGAAGGAGGUCAUUCAAAAAGAGAAAACAUUAAAUUCUUCAAGUUCUUCUUCUAGUGAUGGGUCAGGGGAAGAGAGAGAAAAUGAAGAAAGUCCAGUAAAAGAGAAGAAUGUCAUUGAAAAAGAGAGAAGAUUAAGUUCUUCAAGUUCUUCUUCUAGUGAUAUGUUAGAGGAAGAGAAAGAAAAUGAAGAAAGUCCAGUAAAAGAGAAGGAUGUCAUUGAAACAGAGACAACAAUACGUUCUUCAAGUUCUUCUUCUAGUGAUAUGUCAGAGGAAGAAAAAGAAAAUGAAGAAAGUCCAGUAAAAGACAAAGAUGUCAUUGAAAAAGAGAGAACAUUAAGUUCUUCAAGUUCUUCUUCUAGUGAUAUGUCAGAGGAAGAGAAAGAAAAUGUUGAAAGUCCAGUAAAACAGAAGGAUGUCAUUGAAAAAGAAACAACAUCAAAUUCCCAAACGUCUUCUAGUGGUAUGCCAGAGGAAAAGAUAGAACAUGAAGAAAGUACAGUAAAACAGAAAGAUGUCAUAGAAAAAGAGACAACAAUACAUUCUUCAAAAUCUUCUAAAGACAUGUCAGAGGAAGAGAAAGAGAAUGAAGAAAGUCCAGUAAAACAGAAAGAUGUCAUUGAAAAAGUGAGAACAUCAAGUUCUUCUUCUAGUGAUAUGUCAGAGGAAGAGAAAGAAAAUGUUGAAAGUCCAGUUAAAGACAAAGAUGUCAUUGAAAAAGUGAGAACAUCAAGUUCUUCAAGUUCUUCUUCUAGUGAUAUGUCAGAGGAAGAGAAAGAAAAUGUUGAACGCCCAGUAAAACAGAAGGAUGUCAUUGCAAAAGAAACAACAUCAAAAUCCCAAACAUCUUCUAGUGGUAUGCCAGAGGAAGAGCAUAUGGAAAGUCCAGUACAACAGAAAGAUGUCAUUGAAAAAGAGACAACGAGUUCCCAAAGUUCCUCUUCUAGUGAAGAUGAAUCCUCUUCUGAAAAUGAUAAUUAUAAUGAGCAGCUAGAUAUUGAUGAAAUUGCUUCAAUUACAAAUAUGUCUGGUACUGAUACUGAAAUAGAAAGUAAAAAUGUUCAGUCUCCAAGUGCAGCUGAUAAUGAAGAGGGAAACAGAUCUGAUACAAGUUUUGGUGACUUUGCUCCAAAUCACAAUGAUAACAAUAGAAAAACAAGAAAUGACAGCUUUUCUUCAAAGUCUCGUUCAAGCUCAUCAUCCGAUGAAAAUUCAGAUGAAGAAAAUAAAAAAAUGCAAGUGACUGUUUCUAAUCAAAUAAGUGAUGCUGAUAACGAAGUUGAAAAUGAUGAGCUUUUGAAAUCUGUUAUAGAAGAUGCUGAACCAUUCAGAGCUCCUUUACUUGAAAAUGUUAUAAAGUCAGCCUCUAUGGAAGAAAAUGCUGUAAUAGAAGAAACAAGUAAAGAUGAAAGUGAUACAAAAAUUAAUGACGAUGUAAAGUUUGACAAAAAAUUGAAGAGUUCUAGUUCUAGUGAUAGUAGUGAUACUGAUUCAUCUUGUGAUCUGUACAGUGAUUCAAAAUCUAAGCCUUUGCCAGCCCAAUAUAUCCUUCCUGAGUGUAACAAGAUUCUGACUGAAUUUGAAGGAUUGCAGAAAGAAAAUGAAUUCAUUCCAAGUCCAGUAGAUGUUCAGGUAUUUGUUAUUCCUGAUGGACCAGUUGACAAAUAUUUAUAUCCUAGUCUAAAAGAUCCUGAAAUAGUUAUUCCUGUAGACUUUGCUAAUGCAAAGGAUCUUAUUGAAGUUGAGGAAGAAGUGAUCAUUCCAUUAGAGCCAGUUGUGAUUGAAAGUCAAAAUCUACAUGAACUUGGUGAAGAGGAGGAUAAUUUCACAAAAUCUGAUGUUGAAUUGUCCAAUAUUGUUUUAGAACCGUAUGAUAAUACAAAACAAGAAACAGUUAGUGAAAAUGAAGAUGAGCUUUUGAAAAACAUUAUACUUCAAAAUGAAAUGAACUUUCCUAAUAUUGAGAAGAGAAAAUCUAGUACAAGUAGUUUUAGUAGUUCUGAUGAAAAUAAUGACAAAUGUGAACUUGACAAAAAGCAUAAACCAAAGACUGAAAACAAGUCAGAUAUAAAAAUAAACUCAGAAAUACCAAAAGAAAAUGAUAUAUCUGAGAGAAGAUAUGUGCCAUAUGAAAAUGUUGUGAUAAUUAAAAAGCCUGAAUCAGAUUUUGAUCCAAAUUCUGAACUGGUUCUUAGAGAUAUCGAAAUCAAAUCAAAAGGUAAUUCUUCUGUCAGUUCAGAUGAAGACAAGCAUGUUAAGCAAAGCAAAAAUAGAAGAAGAACACUUUCAAAUAGUUCUGAAAGCAGUGUUGAUUCUGAAAUCAUAGGUAUUAAUGAAAAUAAGGGAAUGAUUGAAAAAGAAAUUGAAGUUGAAUUAAGAAGUAGAUCUAGCAGUAGCAGCAGCAGCAGUAGUGACAGUGAUAGCAGUGGAAGCAGUAAGUCUGAUGCUGAAAGAAAGUCUGAAAAUGGAUAUGAUGCAGAGUAAGUCAUGCAAUCAUUUUAUGAUUUAAUUUUUUUUAUCUAUUUUUUUUUAGUAUUUUUGCUGUAAAGGAAUUUGUUGUAAAAUGUU